AUGGCGGGCAGUUCUUCUCAGGAUAUGGCCGGAAAAACCAACCCUGUCUCCAAAUUCUACCUACAGUACAAGAACUGUAUUUUUCUAAGCCUCUUUUACUUGUUUUUUGAGACGUGUUUCAGUUUUAAAAUGUUCUUCAUGCCCGUCUACUGGCAGCAGCUUGGCCUGUCUCCGACACAGAUCGGAAUUUUACGUGCUUUUUGGGGUCUUGCUUACUCCGUUGGAGCUGUUCUCUUUGGAAAACUAGCCAACAAAUUUCGAAUCCGACGCGCAUUACUUUUGAUGAGCAUUUUAUCGACGAUGGUGACGCCUUUAGUUUCUUUGCUUCCAAGGAGAACCCAUGAUACCUGCACCGUAAAGUGGAAGCCGGUGUCCAACGCUGACUUUGAACGUCGAGCAAGCAUCCGGCGGCACACGGAUUACAAACGACACAAAGGUUAUAGACGGGAAACCAAGGUUAAUGCUUUUGAAGCUGACAUGGCAAGUAAGUAUCAGCAACUAAACGAUAUCAUUGGCCUCUCACCUUUGAACCUACUUAAGGAAAACGAGGUGCUAAAACACCGUGAACUACGGACAAAAACAAAUUUAAACAACUUUAGAGAAUUAUUAGAGGAAGAGAGUUACAAUUCAAGGCAACUUAUAUCCCAUGGAAACCAUCAGUUACGGAACGACUUUCAGCAGCAAAGAUCCAAGAAAAUCCCAAGACAGUUACAAAAAAACAAAGAAGAAGUCUUUGUUCUUGAAAAAAGCCCUAAAGAUAUCACAAACAUAUUUAUUAUGUUUAUCUUCAUCGUGUUUAUAGGGGAACUUCUAUCGUCUCCCGCCUUUAACUUGGCAAAUUCCGAGAUUGUUGAAUUCUUAGGUGAAAACAGCCGGGAAUUUGGCAAGAUACGUCUCUGGGGGCCAAUCGGUCACGUAAUUGCGGCUCCCGUCACUGCUUACUUGGUGACUCAUUUCCAUUACAUGCUUUGUGGAGAAUACCAAGACAAUUUUGCUAUUGCUUUUGUUGUAAUAGCGUUGAUGGCCUUUGGCGCUUUUGUGUCUGUGACGCAGUUUGGAACCGUACAAGCCCGUGACAGCAAAGGGAAUCAAAAAGAAGAAGAAACCCCAAUGACUCUAACAGAAUUCUUUUCUCAAUAUCAAAACUUUAUCUUCAUCUCCGUGACCUUUUUAAUUGGGUGUUUCGACGGAGUGGUGUUAACAUUUGGCUUUUGGUACACUAAAACUCUCGAUGUCAGCAUCGCAACCUUGGUGUUCGGUUUCUCGAGAAUGACUUGCUCUGCUGUGAGUGUGCUAUUCCUGGGUGCAAUUGGAAUGUGCGUAAAAAAGACAGGUUAUGCUGGAGUGGUGUUGUUUUCUAUGCUGCUUUUCGUCAGUUGGUUUGUAGGGAUGUCAUUCAUGAAGAACCCUUGGUUUAUGCUUAUCUUUGAGACGAUCGGUUACAUAGCGUAUGUAGUAGGAUUUACAGGCCUCAUCAGCUACUUUGGUGAGGUCACACCAGCUAAUCUGAUGGACACGGUGCAAGGUAAGCGAGAAACCAUUUUCUGUGUAAACACGUCUCAUCCUGUCUCUACAGAUAUUAACCAAAGAGGACAAACCUAACUAAAAGUGUAUUAAGCGGUCUACCCUUAGGAAAUGCUGGGUAACAGGGACGGCGGAACAUUUUUCCAAGCCAUGGGUGUGGGGGUGAGGGAGGCUGACUAGUGACGGACUUAAAAGAGGGAUGCUAAGGAGAUCAUCUUCUUUCAGCCUUCCAGUCUCCAAAUCUUCUGACCAUCUUACUAAGCAUGUCAUUUUUAUUUUGUUUUGUUUCUUAGGUGGAGUGAACAGUCUGUUUCUUGGAGUGGGGUGUGGUAUAGGGACCGCUUUGUGUGGUUUUUCAAUUGACAUAUUCGGUGCUGUGAAAUCAUUUCGGUUUUUUGCCAUAGGCAUAUCUCUUCUGAUCGUUCUUUUCACCAUCUCUCAGAUCCCGACUACAUUGAAUUUCUUCCGUUUUUCCUUUCAAAGGAAAAGGGGAUAA